AUGAUGGGAGCUGCAGCGCGAGCAUUGAAGGGCCGCUCCGAAAAGAUGGAGGUGAGCCCCACUCAUUUCGUCCUGAAAACACCCAUGGAAGGGCCCUGGCCAGCCAACAUGAAAGUUUGCGUCUUGGCGAACGGCUGCUUUUGGGGCUCCGAAAAAGGCUUCUGGCGAUUGCCAGGUGGAGGUGUCCAUUCCACCGCGGUGGGCUAUGCUGCAGGGCAGACGGCCAACCCCAACUAUGAGGAGUGUUGCUCCGGACGCACUGGAGCCACUGAAGCAGUACAAGUCGUCUACGACCCCGAGAAGAUCAGUAUGGUGGACCUGCUCCGUUGGUUCUGGGAGUCACACGACCCAACCCAGGGCGAUCGUCAGGGAAACGACCGAGGGACGCAGUACCGAAGCGCCUUGAUCUACUUCGACAGUGAGCAGGAGCAGCUGAUGCGUGCCAGUAAAGACGCGUAUGAGAAGGCUCUGAAGGCUGCAGGGAAAGGCGAGGGAUCUGGCAUCACCACCGAAAUUGUGGCGGCCUCCAACUUCCACGGGCCCCUGGUGCCCUUUUACUACGCGGAGGAUUACCAUCAGCAGUACCUGGCCAAACCUGGAGCCAGGCCGUAUUGCAGCGCCCAGCCUCAGCAGGUGCCAUUGCCCCCCUUCGAGGAAUGGGCGCCAGAAGCCUUGGCGCACCAUGCGCCCAAGUUAUCCGAGGAGUUUUGGAGGCAACAUGCCCCAAAGCCGCAUUGUGUGAUUCGUUCACCACACGAGCCCAUCAAAUUCUUCUGA